CCAGUCCAAGAGAAUGAGCUCAAGAAGAGCAUUACUGUCGCCAGCAUUCCGGUCGAGAAAUCUGUUACGCUGGAUGCGAUCAAGGAAAUUGAUGAGGAGGUCCAGUAUGCUAUUGCCAAACAUGAAUCUUAUCUCAACCCCUGGUGCAAAGAGUCGCUUCUGCUGUAUCUCUGCCUGCUCGUAUCAUUCCUAAAUGCCACCUCGAGCGGUUUCGAUGGUAGUUUGAUGGGUUCCAUCAAUGCAGAUCCACAGUACAAGUCCUUUUUCAAACUCAAAGAAACUGGAAGCGCAACAGGUCUCGUCUUCGUCCUCUACAAUGCCGCCUCGACCAUCGGAUGCGCGUUUGGUGGUCCGAUUAUGGACUAUUUUGGACGGAGGAGAGGUAUGCAAUCAGGGUGUGCUUUUACAUUAGCUGGCGCGGCGUUGGCAGCUGGUGCGCAAACUCUUAGUCAAUUCAAAGCCUCUCGGUUCUUGCUCGGCUUUGGUAUUAUCCUCCAGACGCUGUCGGCUCCUGUCUACGUGACGGAAAUAAUCCCACCGCAGUGGCGAGGCAGACUGGGCGGGUAUUACAAUUCGUUCUACUUUACGGGUUCCAUCACGGCAACAGGAGUUGUCUACGCUACUUCUCAGUAUUCCGAUACGUGGGCGUGGAGACUUCCACUUUUGCUGCAGGUUGGUCCUCCAGUGCUCGUCUUUGUGGGCUGUUUCUUCAUCCCUGAAUCACCGAGAUGGCUGGCUUCUCGAGAUCGUAUGGAUGAAGCGGCUACUAUUAUAUACAAGUAUCACGGCGGACCUGACAAUGAAGUCGCUAAGCUUGAAGUCAGGGAGGUGGCUCUGCAUGUCAAGCUUAGUAAGCCACAGACACCGUGGGAGUACAUUCGAGGCUUGUGGGAUUAUAGGGAGUUGUUCAAUUCACACCCUGCGCGUUGGAGGACUGGGAUGAUUACGUUGAUUACUUUGGCUUCGAGUCUGUCUGGGAACUCUAUUUUGACGUUUUUCCUACCUACUAUGCUAGCUUCUGUCGGCGUUAAGACCGUCCGGAGGAAACUACUACUCACCUUCGCUUCCUCGAUCGUAUCCUGCUCGGGUGCAGUAAUCGGUUCCGCCACAAACGAUUGGAUCGGACGACGAACACGCUUCGUCUGGGGAUCCUUCUCCCUAGCAAGCGCUCUAGCCCUCGUCGCCGGCAUGUCCUCACAAGUAGCAAGCGCCACAACAGCGGGUGACACGCCCUCAAAGGCCAUCUCUAGCGUCGGCAUCUUCUCCAUCUUCCUCUUCGGCUGGAUCUUCAGCUUCGUGUAUACACCGAAUCAAUCGCUGUAUUGUACUGAAGUGCUGAACCAGGAGAUCAGGGCAAAGGGCAUCAGUCUGCAUGCGUUGGAGAGUAAUCUCGCCACGAUAUUCUUUACCUAUACUACUAGCAUUGCGCUUGGAGAUAUCAGUUGGAAAUAUUAUUUCGUCUGGAUCGCAGUAGAUUUCGUAGCCGGCAUACUAUGGUUCUUCUUCGGCGUCGAAACAUGUAACCGCACAAUCGAAGAGCUGGAUUCUUGUUUCGAGGCACAGUUCCCGCCGAGAGCGAGUUGGAAACGCACGAAGAUUGUUAAGGGUGAGAAUAAUGAGUUGGGAGUUGAAAUCGAGGGUGUUAAGGUGUGA